AACUCGCCACAACAACUCGACGGUGCUCUGUGAAGUUUCCUCGGAUUGCGACGCAGGACACUAUCGGAUCUUGGAGCCCCGUUCUACCGUAUCGAUUUAUCGCCGCUCCAACCAUGGCCGGAGGCGACGCCGAAACUCCUGUUAUUGAGCAUGAGGAGGAAUCUACCUACAAACCACCUGCACAAAAGACAUUGAAGGACAUCGUCGAAGCUGACAAAGAAGACGAGAGUCUACUUAAGUACAAACAGGCCUUGUUAGGUCAGGCGCUGACAGGAGAGCAGAUCAUUGUUGAGCCGGAAAACCCAAAAAAUGUGAUCGUUAAGCAGCUCGCUCUGGUCGUCGAGGGCCGUCCGGAUGUGGUGCUCGAUCUCACAACCGAACUCAAGGAUUUGAAAAAGAAAACUUUCACCGUCAAAGAAGGAAUCCUAUACCAGAUCCGCAUCGAUUUCUUUGUCCAACGAGAAAUUGUGACCGGUUUGAAGUACGUGCAGAAGAUCACGCGACUUGGAGCACAAGUGGAGAAAAUCAGCCAAAUGGUCGGCAGUUACGCUCCGAAACAAGAACUCCAGUCGUAUACGACACCUAAGGAAGAAAUGCCGUCCGGGAUGCUUGCCCGGGGAACUUACGGAGUGAAGUCACUCUUCACCGACGACGAUCAACUCGAACAUCUCAAGUGGGAGUGGAGCUUCGAGAUCAAGAAGGACUGGGACUAGAGAUGAGCGCGGCCUAUCUUUUAUUAUUAUUAUUAUUACUGAGUGAGGGCUGCCUUGUGCCAGGUAAAGAAAAAUGAAGGUCAGAAAACGAAUAUUCUCGCAGGAGACGGAGAAGAGAUACAGAAUACCUUCGCAGACUUCCCACCAUAUGUCGAUUUGUUAUUCCCAAGCCGAGCGCCACACGGAGGCGUUUAGCCGGGCUCCUCGAAUGGAGAGAGUUGCGUUGGCUCCGCAGUACAAAGAGGAAAAGCUCCCCCACACUUUUCUCGUUCCCUUCCCGAACGGUGAUGAAUUAUGAUUUCCAUUCCGAAAUUAGUGAAUAAAUCGGCUGUUUAGUUUUUGUCGAA